ACCAGAACUGCUCUUGGCGCGUGGCUCGUGGACGUGCGGGGCGGCUGGGUGGGGCAGGUGCACGGGUGGAGCCGAGGCUCUGUUUCUUUCCCUGGGUGGUGUCCCCACUGCCGGGCUUCUCCCGCUCUUAGCUCUCCGGGGAGGUCCCCUGUGAAGGGCCUGUCCUUCCUGUCCCCUCCCUCGGAUCAUUAAUGAACACUCUCUCUCUCUUUUUCCUCUGCAGCGAUUGGGCUGUCGGAAUCAAAGAGGCCCUCCGGUGACUCAGGCGUUUCCCAUUGCCCUAUUCUAGCAUCCUCUACUCUUAGCACUGAGAGUUUUUCACGUCCUAUUUGGAACUGAUAGGAAACCCUUUCAUUGUUUCGCUACAUGGAUAUUAGCACUGAUGAAGGAAGCGCUCCAUCAGAUAGUCGGCCGCUGCAGCGAGCUGGUUUCCAGCACGAGCCUGCCCAGACUCAGCGUCUUCCAUCUCCAGGGACCCCCGGAUUCUCAGCCCCUGAGCACCCUGGGCCAGGAUGGAUGGAGGCUUCUAGGCAGCUCAGGGUGUCUGGCACCAGAGACACUCAGGGGCCUGGAGACUGAGGAGUCUGGCCCCUGUACCCACCCACUACCAUUUGACAUUGUAGAGAGAGAGAGAGAGACAGAUGAUGACCUCAGGCAGGGGUGGCUUCUCCAAUCACCACGAUGUGCCAGGACUCUUCUCGGCCACUGUGGGCGUUUCCUCACCCCUCCCUCCCAGGCAUCAAGCUCUGGUUUCCAGCCGUAUCCCUUGAAGUCUCUGAGCAACUUCCCUUUCAGCUAUUUUCCAUGACCUAGUCCUGGGCAAGGCUUCAUUUGAAUGAAAGGUUCUGCUGAAAAAAAAAAAA